UGCUAGUGUUUGUUUCAUAUUAGAGCUACGAGUAAGAGAUAUUUCGUGAAAUGUGUAUGCAAGUUAUGCAAUUUCCAUUCAAAGUCCUCACAGUGGCAGGAUGCUGGCCACCAAUCUCCUGGUCUUCGUUAUGUAAACGGACAGUGUACAAUGCAUAUACAGUUUUCGUAUGUUUAUUGUUACUUACCUUCAUGUUGCCGCAAUUUAUGGAUAUUGUUCUGAUUGUCGAUAAUCCGGACGAUUUCACGGAAACUUUUUAUGUAAUGCUGGCUAUGGUCAUAGCUUGCUGUAAAAUGUUCAGUCUAUUACUAAAUCGCAAAAAUAUUGAGAUAUUCACCGAUACGUUGGUUGAAAAACCGUUUAAACCGUUGGAACCAGAUGAAAUUGAGAUUCGACAAAAAUAUAACAACAUAAUACAGUAAGGAGGUUGGAACAUCUUAGUGUCAGAUAAAAGGAUCAUUUUAAUUUUAGUUCCAU